UAUAUAAGUAGACCAGAUACAGCCGGUAGAUGGGAGAAUAUCGUUGUCUCGGUACUAAUUCUUCUGCCAAACACAAUCAUCAUCCAAAAUCUCUCAAAUAUCAAAUUACCCACACAAAUCAUCAUCAUGGACGCCCUCAAGAACGCAGCCUCUUCCCUUAGCGGAAACAAGCAACAAGGCACUGGCACCCAGGGCCAGCAGUCCGACUACGUUGACAAGGCCACCGCGUUCGGCGUCAAGAAGUCCGGCCACGAGGGUCAGUUCGGCAAGGAUAAGCAGGAGAAGGCCACCGACGCUCUCCGCAGCGGCUAUGAGAAGGUCACUGGAAGCAAGGUCGACCCCAAGUACUCCAACUAGAGAAGGUUAUCAACCUUGUUGGAGGAAGUGUACGAAGAACCUUUUAAUGAUAAAAGAAUGAUUGCACGACCUAAACUCGACUAUCCAUAGUAGCAAUAGUCGGAAAAUAAUAAUAUACCCCAAGACAUCAUAUCGAA